UUUAGCGUAUUUUACUCCAGGUGGUACGGCGGGGAAAAAAGCGCUAAAAUUAUCAAUUUUAACGAAGAGCGUAAGGCAACGAGGCAUAACCAAUCACAGCAGAAUAUAUGCGGGUCUAUCCAAUCACAGGCGAGUAGGGGCGUGUCUAACAACAGAACUAAAAGGAUGGGGGAUGUUGACCAAUAGGAGCGAAGCGUGUGGUUUUACACCGCUGAGGCGCAGGACUUUAAAUCUGACGGGAUUAAAUCACGGCCAGAUCUGAGCUUUACGCUUUAUAACGACGUGUGUUGUAAUUCACACUGACUUUAGGAACUUUCACACCGUUUUAUUCUGGAUUUGUGUCCGCUAUCGACGAUGUCUGCCGUCCUGUUUUCCACCAUCGCCAGGGAAAGACUGGUCCCACCGAAAACCGUUCCUCAGAGGAGCACAGAGACACCUCCUCCGCUGAAGCGCUCGGGGACGUGCAGGAAUCUGUUCGGACCGGUGGAUCACGACGAGCUGAGGCGAGAAUUAUCUUCCCAACUUCGCGAAAUAUCUGAACGAGACCAGCUGAGAUGGAACUUCAAUUUCCUCGAAGGACAGCCGCUGGACGGGGCUUUAAAAUGGGAGGAAAACAGAGCUGAGGACUGUCCGCAGUUCUACAGAGAAACGACUGCUGUAUCAAAGAGGCCUUUUGUGGACUCGCCCACGACAGAAAGAGUCACCCAGGUUGCCCUAAAAUGUGGGGGUCGUCCAGUGAAGAUUUUGAACCAGAUAAACAAGUGUAACCGAAGAAAAUUAUCUCGCAAAACUGUCGCUCGCGUCCAGACCAAGAGGCUCGCAGACAUACGCAUUACAGAUUUUUAUGGGAAGAGAAAGAAAACGGAAAGUGUUCAUAAGGAAAGCGGAAACAGGGAAUAAAAACGCAUCUUCUGAAGAAAAAAGCACCGGUCUGUGCGUCACAGAGUGGUGGCGGGAAAAGGCCGGAAGUAAUGAUGUCUCUCUUCAUGUUAUUACCUGAUAAUGUGAUUCUGGAAUCGUAUUUAUUCACUGCUGUAUGUGCCGUUUAAACAUAUAGGAGCAGAUCUGGUUGCUCUUUACAGUGUACAGCUGAUAAGUAACUUUAAAUUAAAGUCAGGACAAGUAAGCCUAUUUAUUGUUGUCUAAUAUAUAACAUAUAUAUCAGCAUGUAGAUAUUUUGUAAUGACCUAAGUUAUUUAUUUAUUGUUUUUUCACUUUUACAUUUCAUGUGGUUUAAAAUGUAGCUUUUUUUUUUCUUGAGCAGAAUCACAAUCCUGAGCCAUAUUUGUCAUUGUUGUAAAGAAGUUCC